AUGUCGAACCUUGCAAAGCUUGAGUUUAUGGCCUUAGACAUCACUGGAAAAAAUUAUUUGUCAUGGGCUUUGGAUGCUGAAAUCCAUGCCAAUAACCUUGGGGACACAAUUAAAGAAGGAAAUAAAACAAGUACCCAAGAUAAAGCAAAGGCGAUGAUUUUCUUACGCCACCAUAUUCAUGAGUCAUUGAAAAAUGAAUAUCUCACUAUCAAAGAUCCACUCGUCCUAUGGACCAAUUUAAAAGAAAGAUAUGACCAUCAGAAAACAGUAAUAUUACCAAGAGCUCGUUAUGAAUGGAUUAAUUUAAGGUUGCAAGACUUUAAGUCUAUAAGUGAGUAUAACUCAGCAAUGUUUAGAAUCACGUCACAAUUGAUUCUAUGUGGUGAAAAUAUUACUGAUAAGGAGAUGUUGGAAAAAACAUUCUCCACCUUUCACGCCUCAAACAUUGUCUUGCAACAACAAUAUCGUGAAAGGGGCUUCACCAAAUACAGUGACUUAAUAUCAUGUUUGCUUGUGGCUGAGCAAAAUAAUGAGCUACUAAUGAAAAACCAUGAAACUCGUCCGGUUCCCCGUUCCCAGAAUCGUGGUCGUGGUCAUGGACGUGGUCGUGGACGUGCAUAUGGUCGGGGGAAUUAUCAUGGUGUUCAAUUCAAAAAUAGAAGAACCCACCAGAAGUUGCAUGAUAAUGAAAAGAAAUCCAAUGAUGAAAGAGGUAAAAAGAAAAGUGGAACCUCAUCUAAUGCAUGCUAUCGAUGUGGUGGUAACAACCACUGGGCUGGUACAUGUCGUACAGCCAGACACUUAGUAGAGCUUUACCAACAAUCUAUAAAAGACAAACAAAAAGGAAUAGAGACAAAUUUCACAUAUGAAGAUGGAAAUGUUGAUGUCCCAAGUGGUGAAAAGGACCAUUGUAAUGCAACUAAUCUGGAUUAUGAUGAUUUCCUUAUCGAGCAAGCCAAUUUGGAUUCUGGUGAUAUCAUGGCUGAUACAAACCAGUUGGAUGCUUGCAAUUUUCCCUAUGCAUGA